AUGGAGUCUCGCUGCUGGUUUUGGCUGUGGGCAUUAUUUGCCCUCCUGGCUGCCCCGCGGCUCCUGAAUGCCCAGCAAACCUGCUCCCACGGAGCCUGCUACCCCCCCGCCGGAGACCUCCUGCUGGGGCGAGCCCAUCUCCUGAGAGCCUCCUCCACCUGCGGCCUCACCAAGCCCGAGACGUACUGCACGCCCCAUGGAGAGUGGAGCAUGAGAUGCUGCCGGUGCGACUCGCGGCUGCCGCACGCCUACAACGACCACCGCGUGGAGAACGUCCUGUCCUCCGCUGGGCACUCGCGCUGGUGGCAGUCCCAGAACGGCAUCGAGCGCGUCUCUCUGCAGCUGGACCUGGACCAGACGUUCCAGCUCAGCAGCAUCUUGCUUCACUUCAGGUCGCCGCUGCCCGCUGCGAUGCUGAUUGAGCGCUCCACCGACUUCGGCAAGACCUGGGAGGUGUACCAGUACCUGGCCUCCGACUGCGCCGCCGCCUUCCCCCACGUCCCCCGGGGCUCUCCCGAGAGCUGGCAGGACGCUCGGUGCCAGGCGCUGCAGGGGCACCCUUUGCACGGGGGCAAGGUGAAAUUCAGUGUCCAAGACCUGGCAUCUACCAUCAUGACCUCUUACAGCCAGAGCAUCGAUAAGCUGGGGCAGUUCACCAACCUGCGGAUCAACUUCACCGGGCUCCCCCACAUUGCGCGCCAGGGCUACCACUCGCCCAGCACCUUCUACGCCGUGACGGAGAUGCGGGUUCUGGGGAGCUGUUUCUGCCACGGCCAUGCCGACCGCUGUGCCCCUUCGGGAGACCCGCACGCCGCGGUCCACGGGCACUGCGUGUGUCAGCACAACACCGCCGGCCCCAACUGCGAUCGCUGCGCCGCCCUCUACAACGACCGGCCGUGGGCGCCCGCGGAGGACGACAAUCCCCACGAGUGCCAGAAAUGCAACUGCAACGGUCACUCAGCCUCAUGCCACUUCGACCCGGAGCUGUACCGCGCCAGCGGAGGGGUGAGCGGGGGUGUCUGUGACAACUGCCAGCACAACACCGAAGGCAACAGCUGCGAGCGCUGCAAAACGAACUAUUUUCGCAACCAGCGGCAAGAUCUCGCCCAUCCCGAAGUCUGUCUGCCCUGCGAGUGCGACCCAGACGGCACCGUGCCGGGCUCCAUCUGCGACCCGCUGACGGGGCGCUGCGUCUGCAAGGAGAACGUGCAGGGGGACCGCUGCCACCUCUGCAAGCCGGGGUUUGCCCAGCUGGCCAACGCCAACCCCACGGGCUGCCGCAGAUGCGCCUGCAAUGUGCUGGGAACGCGGCAGGACAUGCCCUGUGACGACGAGACGGGGCAGUGCUUCUGCUUGCCCAACGUGGUGGGGAACGACUGUGACCAGUGUGCGGCCGAGCACUGGGAGAUGGGCAGCGGCCAGGGCUGCCGGCCCUGCAAGUGCCCAGAGCUGGGUCUCCCCGAGGUAUUUCUCUUUCCCCAGUUCACAGGACAGUGUCCGUGCAGAGAAGGCUUCACGGGACGGACGUGCUCUGCUGCCAUGCAGGAGCAGGUUUGCCCAGACAGACACUACGGAGACGACGGGGUAGGGUGCACAGAGUGCGACUGCGACUUCCAGGGCACGGAGGACGUGGGGUGCGACAAGACCACGGGCCAGUGCCUCUGCCGCCCGGGUGUCACGGGCCCCCGCUGCGACCAGUGCCAGCGGGGCCACUGCAGCACCUACCCCGGCUGCGAGCUGUGCCACCCUUGCUUCCGCGCCUACGACGGGGACAUCCAGCGCCUGCGCCUCCUCGGCCGCUCUUCUGCGACGGAGCAGAGCCUGGCCCGGGUGGGCAGCGCGCUCGCUGCGAUCAGAGAGCAGGUCCAAGGCAUAAAUCCUGACCUUCGUUUUCUGGAUGAGACUGCCUCUCUGUCAAGGGAGCUCGAAGCCCUCAACAGCAGCUUGCUUAUCGCUAGCGCCCAGUAUCAGAGCAAGAAGACCCAGUUUGACACCAGCCGCAGCACAGAUCUGUCAGGAGCCUUCAAGACAAUCAGAUCUGCUUACCAGACGUCCACCAAUGCCAGCAGACUCGUCGCCGGUGUGGCCGGGCUGCUGGCCGAGUCCCGGGAGAGCCGCAGGAGUGCUGCGGGGCUGGAGGGGGGGCUUACGGAGUCCACCUCCAAGCUGCUGACCCUGAAGGGCGAGAUAGCCUCAUCUCCCAACCUGACGCCUGCCAUAAAUAAGAUCUGCGGUGGCUUCCGAGCGGAGACGUGCACGCCCGCCCGGUGCGAGGGGCUGCUCUGCCCGCGGGACAACGGCAGUGCCUGC